CAGGAGCAACAAACCCAAUCUCAGGGAAAGGUAUCUAAAACACUAGCGCAGAAGAUCGGAACAUCUAUCGUGCGUGCCAUUGCACCAUCGAAGGUUAGGGUUUACGCUGUUGUCAACAUCAUUGUGAUUUGUGACUACGAUUUCCUUGCUGUUCAAUGAGGUACUUUCCUUCUCUUAUCGUUCUUAAUCUAAUUACAUAGCUUUCUAGAUCUUAUUCGUUGAUUUUCAUGAAUCUGAGGGAUUGCUUGCUCUGAGAUCAUGGUCAAUGCAAAUCAAAAUUAUGUGCUUUGCUGUUUAUGCUGGUUUGUGGAGAACAAAUUGCAGAAUUUUGCUUCACACCACUCGGAUGUCCUUGAGAACUUGAGUCCGACAGUCAUGGACCGUGACCACCAUGAUAAAAUGGAAUCAAGGAGAGGCAGCGGUAGAAGCUUAGUAUCAGAAGUUGUAUCAACCUUUGUAUACAAAGCUUGGAUUUUGAGGUCGGAGAGCAAGAGGAUUAGCCAAUCAGAACUCGCCAAGCGUCCUGACCCGUUCUUUCUACUGGAUCUCCUUGAUUGGUUUGAAGAGAGCAAAUACGGUUGGCUAGCUGAUGAUGUUAAGAGGCUUUGUGAGCUCAAAAGGAAACUCUUGAACGGUUCUGUCUCAGUGGAUCUGCCUCAAGAAUCAGUCACUACUGAAGAUUGCUCAGGAUCUGAUGCCAGUCCUGAACGUUAUAACGAGGAGGAUUCAUCAUCCAAGACACCUACUGAUGAUGACAAUGAAACUCAUCUAAAUGGAGUUGAUGAAGAAGAAGAGGCAGAACUCUGGAGGCAAAUGGCUUUUGCUCAAGAAUCAUCUAAAGUAACGGUGGAGAAUGUACAAGACAACGAUCCCAAACAAACCGAAGACUGUGAGCACUCCUUCAUCUACAAGGAUGACGUUGGAGAAGUCUGCCGUGUUUGUGGACUCAUCAAAACACCCAUCGAAAACAUCAUCGAAGUUGUCUACUACAAGCCCAAGAGAUCAAGAAGAGCUUACACACGCGAACAAGAAGAAGAAACAGAAACAACGAGGAUGGACUUCACAGAAACCCACUCUUCUUCUCACACCAACAACAUCUUAGGAGACAAGAUGUUCAUCCAUCCAAGGCACGACUACGAGAUGAGACCCCACCAGAUCGUAGGCUUCAAGUUCCUAUGCAACAACCUCACAUCCGAGGACCCAGGCGGGUGCAUCUUAGCCCACGCGCCGGGAUCAGGCAAAACAUUCCUCCUCUUCAGCUUCCUCCAAAGCUUCAUGGCCAUGGAUCCGCAAGCCAAACCGUUAAUAGUCCUCCCAAAGGGAAUCAUAGAGUCUUGGAAGAGAGAGUUCACUAAAUGGGCGGUGGAGAACAUCCCUCUCUACAGCGUCAAAGCCGAAUCAAGAAGACAGCAGCUAAAGGUUCUGAGAGAAUGGGUUGAAGAGAGAAGCAUACUCUUUCUAGGCUACCAACAGUUUGCAAAGAUCAUAUGCGAUGAUAGUAUUAACAUAGAUGAUGAGGUGUCAGAAGAUUGUAAACGUAUUCUCCUCGAGAAGCCGACUUUGCUUAUCCUCGACGAAGGACACACGUCUAGAAACAAAGAGACUAACAUGCUCAUCUCCCUCGCACGCGUCAGGACACCUAGAAAAGUAGUUCUCACUGGUACAUUUGUAUUCAUAAUGGCUGAUUGGUACACUCUAACUCUAAACAAUAGGUUUACAUUGUUCACAUUAAACAGCUUUGUGAGAUUAUGAAUGGUGUGGUUGAAGUUGAAGGUGCACCAGAAGAACUCUGGAAGGGUUAAAGCUGGUGGUCAAACGCUUCAUCAAGCAGGUAGAGUUGAAUAUUGAGUUUGUACACAAUACUAUCAAAGCAUCAUAGCUACCAUUUAUAAAUUACAGAGAGCUUUUAAUU